GCUCCACCCUCUUUUCAAGCACCGACCGGCGUGUCAGCACAUUCAAAGCCUGACUUGUACUCUGAGCUGUGCUCCUGCAAUCUGGCUGCUCCAGCCUGGCUUGCUUGUCAGUGGUCUCAACACUAGGCGGCCUCGGUGACGAUUCCUGUUAACCGUGUGCUGGUGGCUAUUGUUUGCGAUUUCGGCUCGUGCCACGUACGAUGAGCUCAGGCAGCGACUCUGGUGGCGGCGAGAGACCGAGGCGGUCUGAGAAGCUGCAGCAGGGCAUUGGGAUGUUUAUCGAGGGGUUCGGACCGGCUGCUGUCUCGUCGUCGCCUCUGACGUUGCAGAAGAAGGACACGCCCAGCUCGCGACGGAAGCAGCGUGCUAUUAUCCCCGGCGACGCAUUUCAGGCAACUAGCAAAACUCAGCUGCCGACAACUAGUCCAAUAUUUGAGAGAUCGAACGCUUUUGAUAUUGUUGAGAGACAGUCUGAGCAACACCUUGAUUCGUCACCGCAGUCGGAGGCCGUCGCAGAGAGGGAUAGCAGCAACGCAUUCGCCUCUGCUGAUUUGCGCACUGCACAGUCUCGCUCGUUGAUCGUGAAGCUUCCCAUUCGAUUGACGCAGGACAACGAAAACUUGAUUCCUUCAGAAUUAUCGGAUGAUCCGGUUUCGUCCGCGUCGGAGGACGGGUCAGAUCUCGACGAGGUGAAGGUCAAAUCCGCCGAUUCCACUCAGGAUCGGAAACGCAGCAAGAACGAGAACCCAAACAGACCGCGAAAGGUUCAGCAUAAGAGAAGGAAUAUAACGAAGAGCAAGGCAGAUGGAGAGAAACCGUCUUUGGCAGAGAAAAAAUCGAGACAGGCUAACGCUGGUGUUUCGGGAAAUACCCUGUUCAAGAUGUGGAAGCGAGAGAAAGCCGACUCUGAGGAUGAUCAAGGCACAAAGGUCGUCAACUCCAGCGAUCUGACAUUGUCUGCCGAAGCCACACUAGGCGAACCGGACAUGGCUGGCCGAUCCAUCGUCAAACUCAAGGUUGACCCGCGAUUACUGCGGCGGUUCCAGACGAACGAACUCGAGCCGGCUUCAUCAUCUUCUUCACUUGACUCCACCCUUCUUCCGUGCGAGCCUUCUACUGCGAAACAAAUCUACACACCACCAGCGACAGAUGAGAGCGUUUCACCCCCUACUCCGCCGAACUCCGACGAAGACAGCAGUAAGCAGGUCUUGUCACCUAUCGUUGCCAAUCAACCGCCUUCCAAGAAGGUCGAAAAUACAAAAAAGCCUAUCUACCCUUUCUUCAUGAAGAAGAAAAAGAUGGACACUCAGGCGACUACGGAGUUAGAAUCACCAGGCGAGCAGAUGUGCUCGGAAUCUGUACCUCUGUCUCGCUCUACGUCUGCAUCAACCGUGAUCGACCUGGAUCGCACGCCGGAUACCUCAGAUCGCCCUAGAAAACCCGCAUAUCCUUUUUUCAACUCACAAUCAAAAUCAGCAAACCUUGGCUCUACCCCGGGCUCUCCAUCUCCAGCCUCCGGAUUCGCAUCGUUUCCAACGGCUAAAAAGAGGAUACCGACAGGCCAGUUACCGGCCUGGCCAAAGUUUGAUAAUCGCCAUGUUAAAGAUGCCGAAGAACUAUCAAAGAGGGAGUACACAGCAUCUGAAGUAGCGCUCAAUCUCACUACUCGUCUACCCACCCGGAAAGGCAAAAAUCGUCAGUUACAGGUGCCUCUUGAUGAAAGCAUUCUUCGAAACGUCGAUAUCUCUUUGAAUCUCAGCGCUGAUGAGGCUCUCCAUGUUCCCACCAGACACGUCGUUCCCUUCGAAGAUGUUCUCACUCUCGCGAGGAAGCAUGUCGACUUUGACAGCCAUCCUUAUCUGCAGUAUCUAUACGACAAGCGGUUACCGCACCCGACUGCUUUCGACAGAGCUCAAUACGAAGAUCAGCUGUGGAGUAGCAGCUACGCCCCGCAGCGCGCUGAACACGUUCCCGUGCGCGACGAUAGCGCAGUGCUGCUGCGGAAAUGGCUGCAGACGAGAAUCUUGACGACAGAUCGAAGUAAAACGUUGACGAUAAGCAAAAUGAAGAAAGCUGAGAAGGAGAAAAGUCGGCAGAAUGAUCUGGAGGGGUUUAUCUGUUAUUCUGAUGAAGAGGAAGGUUCGUUUACGCAAGAUCUGGAUCCGAUCUCAUCGGACGAUGAUGAUUACUCUGGAUUCAGAAACUUUGAUGGGAACUCUUCUUCGAUCGACAACUCAUCCCCCGCAAACGACAAGUCAGUUAGUGACGAUACCGAGGAAGACACAGAAGUUACAUACAUGAUCGGCGGCUACCAACGUCGCAAAAAACGAAGAUCAAGACGGACAGCCAGGGACUCGGGGCGAAAAUCGAAGCGGUGCUCUAGACUGCGGGCUAGAGAAGAGCGGCCGAGUCGUCAUUCGAACGUUGUCAUUCUGUGCGGUCCGCCGUCAAGUUUCAAAACUGCGGCUGUCUAUGCUGCGGCCAAAGAGCUCGGCAUAUUUGUGUUUGAAAUUAAUGCUGGGCAAAAAAGGAAUGGAAAGGAUAUUCUUGAUCAGGUUGGCGAAAUGAGCCAGUCGAAUCUGGUGCAUCACAAGGUAUCAGGGGACAAAGACACGCGUUAUGAGAAUGAAUGCGCUCAAAGAUCUACAUCGUCGUCUUCUGAGAGCGCAUCGCAGCCUGUAUUCCGCCAGCAAAGUAUGCUGUUGAUCGAGGACGUCGAUAUAGUCUUUGAGAGCGACAAAUCGUUUUGGUCUACGCUGAGCAAGUUUAUCGAAACCUCGAAACGGCCUGUUGUUUUGACCUGUACGGACGAACAGUAUCUCCCGCCUGAUUUGCUGGAGGCAAAUCCCGGUAGCUUGAUAUAUUUCGACCACACGAAUUCCGAGGUUUUGACUGACGUAGCUUGGUCAAUUGCCUUAUCCGAGGGACAUUUACUAAACAAGCUCGAUGUCAGAAAAGUGCUCGAGCACACAAACUUCGAUUUUCGCAGAACAUUGGUGACCCUUCAAUUCUGGUGUCAGAUGGCGGUUGGAGAUCAGCAGAAAGGGAUGAGUUGGUUCCUGGAGCACUCGAGCUCUGACGUGGCCUCUGAAUCGAAUAAGAGAAGGGUGAUUAGUGAAAACACGUUCACGAAAAAUCACUUGGAGCUCUGUUUUCCUAACGAUGGUGCGGAAGGAGUGGAGGGAUCAGACAAGAUGGGUAUUGCAUCAGAGGAACAGUCUACAAGCAAGAAGUCAGAUCUUGCAUUGUUAUCGGCUGGUUACGACUUGAUGUCUGCCGUCGAUAUUUGGAAGCAUCACAGCCAUACUCUCCUGGAAGUUCCAGCUUUUCUUGAGAGCGACGAAGAUUCAGCAAGCUCUAGGCCUGCUGUGCCUGAUGGUGAAGCAAUGGUCGGUUUCCCAAUUGUAUCGCACAAGCUACAAAAUGCGACCGCGCCAAUUGCGUUCGAGUUGGAGAUGAUAGAGCCAUCCAGGGUUUUAUGGAAAGAGACGUUAGUCAGGAACGGACUCGGUGUACAUUAUUACGGGUAGAUACAAUAAAAUAAUGCUGGAUAAUGCAUAUGAUAACAUGCCGGAUUUGAAACUCCUACUAGUAUUUACAAAUCACCUGAACUACUCCCCAUGUGACAUUUCCUGCUCGAAGUCCCUCAAA